CCCUGUCUCUCAGACCGUGUCCCGCAGACACCCUGUUCAAGAAAACUUUUUCUAGGUGGGCCUUCGCCUGGCUACAUGCUUUGAUUGCUGAUCUCAUCAUCACCUUCUGGUCUCUUUGAACUCUGGUGGGGGAUGCUUUGAUCUGACUGCAGUUAUGAGCCUCAGAAAAUGGUUAAUGAACAGUAGCCUCCAUCCUUCAUUUUACCAGUCAGUCCACUUUUGAUCCCACAUUGACCCAACUAAUCUCACUGUUUAUGUCCCAAUGAUGGGUCUUUCCAUUCCAUUGCCGUAACUUUUCUCCUCUGGGCUCGACAUUGAACUCUCCCAGUCCAACUUUUCUCAGUUCCAAAAGCAGUGAUUGCAAGAUCACAGUGGAAAAGAUAGAUGAUAGAGCUUGUCAUUUUGGGAGUUUCCAGAAGAACCAGAAACAGACAACCCCUUCUCAGGACUGUGAAAAUGACAAGAAGCAAUAGAAACGAAAAGGAGCACAUGCUUAUGCUAUCCUCAUCUCUUUGUCUUCUGAAUGGGUUGCGGUUUUCAAUCCUCUCCCUUUUGUCCUCGUCCUGAAAGGCUCAUAACUUGGUCUCUCACAGUCUCUGAGUGGAUAGAUUGGUGAACUUCCCAGCUGGGCUACAGGUGGCGAUGGUUUUUGCACAGCUUGUGUGGCUGGUGACAUAGCUCUGUGGUAAAAUUAUACCUUCGCUAAGAUGGGAGAGACAACAGCUGCUUCGAAUGCUGCUCUUGAAGUGUCGGUUUCAUUUGGUAGGUUUGAGGGUGAUUCGCUCUCUUGGGAGAGAUGGUCGACCUUUUCGCCUAAUAAAUAUAUGGAAGAAGCAGGGAAGUGCGCGACGCCCGGAUCAGUGGCCAUGAAAAGGGCUUACUUUGAAGCCCAUUACAAGAAGAUCGCUGCUCAAAAGGCUGAGUUACUGGAUGAGGAGAAGAAAAUGAUGGAUGAUUCGUUGCGAACGGGUGAAAGAAAUGGAGAUCUGGAUAGGGAUGCUGAUGAGGCCACUUUUGAGAUCAAUACACACGAGGAUCAAGGUCACUCCGGAGGAAUUAAGCAAGAGAUGAGCUUGUUAGCCGAGACAAAUGGUUUGUACAGUGAAGACCCGAACGAGGAUGACUUGAUUACUAUUGAAUGUCAAAGCUCGUUGGCUGUAGGAGUCCAAGUAGAACAGGAGAUAAAUCUCGAAAUCACCGACUUGGGUAAAGCAGAGGAAAUUAACUCCGUGAAGGAAGUGGUGGAAGUGCAUGACAACAUGGAGAGACCAGAAGAACACACUUUAGUGAAGGAUGUGCAAGAAGUGGUUCCUUCUAUUGGAUCUCAAGAUGAUGUUAAGGAAGUUCAGCCACAUUGUGAAAUCGAGACAAAAGCCACUCUAAAGUAUGAAGUGAAGAGUGCAAAAUUGAAUAAGCCAAAGCUCCCUCAAAAGGUUAGCGAUGCAUGUAAGGAGCAGAGCACUGCGGUACGUAAGAAGAAGCCACAGUCACCAGUGAUGAAAUCCCCAAAAGUGACCACCCCUCGACAGUCGAGGCCAUCGGCUUCCACUACCCCAAUAACAUCCUCAUUGAGAUCUUCGAGAAAGCCAGGAAUUAGUCCAUCUCUGCCCAAGAGCAAGAACCUUUCAAUAGGAGACAAGAAAAAUGCAGUUCCUAAAGCCUUGCACAUGUCGAUUGCUUUGGGUUCCACAAAUUCUCAUCCAGCUUCUCCCGCCACAAGGAAAUCUUUCAUCAUGGAGAGGAUGGGGGAUAAGGACAUUGUCAAGCGAGCAUUCAAGAUGUUCCAGAACAAUAAUGUGGGCCCGAAAUUGUCCGGUGAAGAAUCAGAGCAGGUGCUUUCCAGGGAGGGAGAACCAAAGGCUUCCAUUCCCCUAAUCAAACAGAAGGAAAAUGGACGGCCACUUAAAACAGGGAGUGCGGCACAAAUAGCUUUUCAGCCUGCGUCUUCUUCCUAUGGUUCCAGAAGUGAUGAGAGGACGGGAAAGGUUACAGAGGUUCCACUGUUUAUGAAGAAGCUGAAGGAAAGAUCCAUGGCUGUCGAUAAAGGGAAGCCGCAAUUUCAGGAAAAAUUAAAGAUCACAUCAGUACAACAAGAUUGCUAUUCCUCAGGAAGAAAAGAAGGCAGAGCACAAAAACUCAAGACCCAGUAUCACCCAGAGAGGCACGCACAUAUCAGGUCAGCCAGGGCAUAGUAAAUUGACAAAUGGCCUGAAAAAAGGUGGUUAACAAGGCUGAAGUUCAAUGAUUAUUCGAUAAGGAUGCUUGAGGAAGGGUGCCGCAGACGCGUGUCUGAUUGGAGUACUUAAGAGGCAUUCUGGUAGAAAUAUCCAGAGACUCAAUGGUGUGUAAAGUUAGCAGAUCACCUUCAGUCAUUUAUGAGACAGGAGGAGCUUGGAAUUAAUGACUAGAGAGACACCCAUAUAAUAGUCUCGAUUAUGGUGUGGGAAGAUAUAAGCAGUGUUGAGUUUAUGGUAAGGUAGGUCGGAUGUCUCCUGAGAUGUUGCAUUUUUUCGCUCUCUAUCAUUACACAUAUAAAGAGUGAUUGUCUCAGAGAAACUUUUAUUUAUAGAAUUCAUCUGAGAAUCUGUGAAAGGC